AUGAAGACAUAUCUUUUUUCAAUACCAACUAAAAAGUCAGAAGAAACCAGUUGGACUAAACCAUUGAACAAUUACUUAUUGUCUAUUUAUGGAAAUACCACUGAAUAUCAGCAAGACUUAGAGAAGUUUGACAAAUUAAGACAAGAUAUAAGAGGGGUUAGUGCUGAUAAUACAGGUAUCAAGCUAUACUAUAAUUAUUACAGUCAAUUGGAAUUAUUGGACUUGAGGUUUCCAUUCUCUACUGUUAAUAGACAUAAGAAGCUCAACUUUUCGUGGUACGAUGCAUUCCAGCCAUCAGUUGUACAUAAACAAACAGCAUUAGCAUUUGAGAAAGCCUGUGUUUUGUUCAACUUAGGAGCCUUAUUAUCUAGGUAUGCUGGUGCAAAAUACGAGGAGGCACAACGCAAUAGUUCGUCUGCAGCAGCAGAUGACACCAUCAAAGAAUCAUUACAGAUCCUACAACAGACCGCCGGUAUAUACCAAUUUUUAAACGAGAAUUUUUUGCAUGCUCCAUCGAAUGACCUACACCAGGGUAGUGUCAAAUUUCUUGAAAAGUUGAUGUUGGCGCAAGCACAAGAGGUGUUUGUGUUGAAGGUGAUUAGUGGCGAUUUAGAACAAAAUAAAAAUUCUUUGAUUGCCAAGUUGUGCCAGGGUACUACAAACCAUUACACCGAGUGUUUCAAUAUGGUGAGCAACACGAACAAGUCAGCAGGUAUCGGACGGUCGCAAGAUGAAUUUGCAGUUAUUGAUACGAACGAAAAUAUAGAUGACAUUCUUGGAGAAGAGGAAGAAGAAGAUGAUACGACCGAGAAAGAUGGUGAACCACAAGUCACAGCGAACAUAGACGCCUCUUGGAUUGCAGUUAUUCACUUCAAAGUUCAGUUUUAUGAAGCAUUGUCUUAUUACUUUAAUGGAUUGCAGUUAGAGAAGAAUAGCAAAUAUGGGGAUUCAAUUGCUUAUUUAACAAAAUCUCAAAAUAUCUUAAAUGAAAUAUCUAGUAACACGUUGAAAGCGAUUUCUAAAUCGGGCUCAAAUGAUUCCUAUGAACUUUUAGAUAAUUAUAAAUAUCAAAAGGAUGCAGUCGGAAUCAAGUUGACCGACAUGAAUAAAGAUAAUGAUUUUAUUUAUCAUGAUAUAAUCCCCUCUUUGAUAACAUUACCGGAAAUAAAGCCAAUGGAUGGUGUCAAAACUAUCCCUAUCAAUAAUAGUAAGCUUUUCAAUGAUUUGAAUGAAUAUAACUACAGUAACUUUUUUAGUAAUGUUGUGCCGAUAAAUAUUCAUGAAUUGUUAAGUUUUUAUUCCGAAGAGAAAUCUCAAUUCUUAAGAAAUGAACUUGACUUGGUUGAUGUCUCAAAUGAGGAACUGGCUUCUAUAUUGGAAUAUUUAAAAAUGCCAAAGUCAUUAGUCAACCUAAAGGAAAUUAUGAAUAGCAGCAAGCAAGUUGAUGCUAUGUCAGCAUCUCUGGGAACUAACAUAAGCCCAGAAGUCAGAAAUAUUGUCAAUGAAAUUUCCUCAAAAUAUGAUGCAGAUACGUCCAACAAAGAUCAUAUUUCUGCUAUUAGGAAAGAGAUAUAUAAUACAAUUACUGAAAGUGAAUCAAGUUUAUCAGGCAAAUUUUCAGAAUCUUUGAUUAAGUAUAAAGACGACUUAGUGAGGUUAAAGAAAUCAUUGGUUGAUGCUAGUAACUCUGAUAACAAUUUAUUUGGACUUAUAAAUAACGACAAUUCGCAUUUAUACAGUAUUUUAGGUAAAGGAGCUGAUUCUCCAGAGUUUAAAAUGCUUUUCAACGUUGAUAAUUCUAAGAAACAAUCGAAGAGUGUGGAAAAUGAAAUAAGUUUAUUAGACAUCGAUGAUUCUCAAUUAUCAGGCUCAGCAAAUUCUUCGGAUUCUAUUGAUAGCAAAAUCAAAUCCAUAGAAGAUAUAUUACAUGACUUGAAUUCGAUAAAAAGUAACAAAUCAAAAUUGGUUGACACGUUGAAGAAAGAAAUACAUAACGACGAUAUUUCUGAUAUUUUAAUCUUGAAUAGUAAGGUCAAAUCAACUAAUGAGAUAAAGACAGUAAUCUUCCCAGAAGAAUUGAAGAAAUUUGAACCGUAUGGAAAAGAACUAGACAAGCUAAUUGAACAAGAAAAAACGUUUAUUAAUGAGUUGAAGAGCCAGUGGGCCAAUUUGUCGGAAGAUUCCAAAGUCAAGGAGAUUCAGUCAUCCAAGCAAUUUCAAAACAAUCUAAUUAAACACCAAACUGACAAAAUUAUACAAUUCUAUAGUCAAAACUGGAAAAAGUAUAACUUGGGAUUAAGCGCAGGGGUGGACUUCUACAACAAGCUUUUGAACUACGCCAGACUGCUUAAGCAAAAUAUUGUUACAGCAGUGGAUACAUCAUCCCAAUCUACUUUACAUGAGAAUUUCAGCAACAUGAAUUUGGGCCCACAACAACUGGGACUUCAAGCUCCACCUCGUGCUAGCCAGUCGUAUAGGCCCUCAUAUAUUGAUCAGCCGGGACCAUCACAAUAUAGCACCGGGAACUUUUCGUGUAAUUACCCUUCAUCAACACGCAAUCUUCCAUCCCAAUACUCCCAGCCUUCGUUACAUAGGUCUUCUACAGGUGGAAGUUUUGCCAGCAACCACUCCAACGAAAGCCCCGGCUCCUAUUCAAGACCACCUCCAGCCCUUCCACCAAAGAGACCAUCUUACUCGUCGCAACCUGCACCAAAUGCGCCUUCACAAGCCCCAUACACCCAAUUUCAGCCUCCAGCCUCUAAUCCCACUGGUAACUUUUCGUCACCUUCAAAUCCGUCAAAUGUUUCCCAACAACCGGAUUCUAGCUCCAACGAUCUUAUCUACAAUCAACCGUCGACAUAUCAGCCAAAUAUGUACAAUUUCUUUUCAAGUAACUAG